AUGCAGGCUUCUCCUCGACUCUGCUUGCAGGAAAAAACUGGGGAGGGCGUUUCGGAAGAGGAGCGAGCGCAGUGCCGGGAGACCUUGCGGCAGCUCCUGGACCGCGUCUACCAGCCCCUGGCCGUGCAGGAGCUGCUCAUCCUGCAGGGCGGAUCCAAGCAGAAAUCGAGGCUGCUCCGACCCCACGGGGUCCACGCCGUGGUCCGCGGCAUCAUGGAGGGCACAGGCGGUGGCAGCGGUGCUGACGCCGCAGCCGUGGACUGGAGGAAAUGCGAUGUGGUUGCAAAGAUCCUGGCCGCCUGCCCUCAGCAGUGCCUUUCUGUCGAGGAUUACUACAAACUCGUGUGCCCCCAGGUCCUGGAUUUGCUGCACAUCCAGGAUAAAGUGACGGCGCGGCAGUUUCAGAGAGUGGCCACCACGACGCUUCUCACCAUGGCAAAAGGGCAUCCUCAGCUGGCGGAGAAAUACCUGCUGCAACCCAUGCUGGCACCGCUCCUGCGAUGCUCCAGUGCUGCAGGUAACGGCUGGUCUUUGCCAGCUCCGUAA